AUGAGCAGCCAAGUCACUGCCAUUUCACCACCGCCACCAUUGGCUAUGCAACCACCAUUGCCAAGCAGUGGAUCAUCAUCUGCAUCGUCGUCAAUCGGUCAAUUGGUCGGUAAUGGCGAUGUCUAUAUGUCCCCAGUUGCCGGUAGUGGUGGUACCGUUACCGCCACCACGACAAGCGCUUCAUCUGAUGGUGGUGGUGAUUCUGGUGAAGAAAUGGGACCAUUGUCACGUGAUCGAUGCAAUACUUGGCCAAUGCGGCGACCACAAUUGGAUGUUAAUGCACAGACUAGUCCAUUGAUACACGAACAAAUACCGGAGGAAGACGGAGAGCUCUACGACAGCGCAGAAAACCUGAACGGCAGGCUGGGUGCGAAUUCAGCAGCCUCCACGGGCUUAUUGCAUAGCCCCGAUGGCAACAAUACUUUUUCGCCUGGUAGCUGCAAUAUGUCAUCGCCCGGUAUAAACGAUCAAAGCGGUGGUGGUCAAACGGGCGGUAACGAUUCAAUGGAUGGUGGAGUGGGUGGUGCUGGUGUGUCGAAAAAAUCGACAACCCGUCGAAAUGCUUGGGGCAAUCUCAGUUAUGCGGACUUGAUCACACAGGCCAUAAUGCAAAGCCCGGAGAAACGGUUGACGCUCUCACAAGUCUACGAAUGGAUGGUGCAGAAUGUACCGUAUUUCCGAGACAAGGGCGAUUCAAACAGUUCUGCUGGUUGGAAGGUUAGUUAG